AUGGGAAUACAUUGCGGAAAACCCAAACUUCCGCAUGAGCGAAAGAUCAAGCAUAGGAAGGCUCAAAUAACAACUGGGCCGUAUGAACAGGGAAUCGUUGUCGUCCAUAAUCAAUCCCACAAAACAACCCUCGUCAGCGUGUCGGUGAUAAAAUUCGGGGCGCCAGUUGAGGAAAUAAAUUCAGCGAUCGCGGGAACCGGAUUUACAAAAGAUGAUGAAUAUGAAAUGUAUCGCCCGGCGAGAAAAAGGAGC